ACCAAGCAUCUAGUUAGAUGUAAAAUUGCACGACUAAGAUCUCUUUGGCAAAAACUUCAACAUUUGACAAAUUUCUUGAGUUGUCUUAGAUUAAUUAGGACUAUUUUGAGGCUACAGCGUCUCAAAUUGGACAAAGAGUACUAUUGCCGCUUCUUUCUUGUUUUUCAAGCGAAGGUAUUUUAAGGGAGUAUGCGAGCACAUUCGUUCGGUUUCGCUUAGCGGACUUCAGCUAGCCGCCAGCCGAACUGAAGCAUUCUGACGCCUGUAUAACCGCAGACCUUAUUUUCGGCUUUUAUUCCAAAACCCAUUUCUUUCCCCAUACAUUUUUCCCAUAGGGAUGGCUGAACGAACCAGAGUUUACGACUGAAUUGUAAUGGGAGAUGGCGUCACCAGAAACUCAGCUCAUGCUAAGCAUUGGAUUAAUUGAGAAAGAUGUGAAUGCAGACACCUUGUGGGUGUGGUGCUAUCCCUCAGUCAGUGCUGAGCUCCGGGAGGUCCUGCUCAGUAAGUGCUGUCUCACACAGGACAGCCAGGUCCUGAACACCUUUGUGUUCGGCCAGUUCUGCCGUACCUGGUACUACAUAUCCACUGUAGAGGUACAGGAACCCACCGCCCUAAAGAAGGUCACACAUUUUUCAUUAGUUGUCACAGCAAAGGACUUCAACCCUGAGAAGUAUGCAGCAUUCAGUCGAGUACUAUGCAGGAUGUACAUCAAACAUGGGAGCCCAGUGAAAAUGAUGGAGGGUUACAUUGCAGUCCUCACCAAAGGCAUCUGCCAGAGUGAUGAGAAUGGCUCCUUUCUCAUCAAGGACUACGAUGUUAGGAAGGCGUACUUAGCAGGCUCAGUGAAAGAUGUGGUGUCCCAGUUUGGGAUGGAGACCAUCAUCCUAUACACAGCACUUAUGCUAAAGAAGAGGAUUGUGGUCCAUCACCCUCGGAUUGAAGCACUGUUGGAGUUCACAAGAGCUCUUCCAGCUCUGACAUGGCACAGGAAAGACUGGUCCAUUCUGCACCCUUAUGUCCACCUGACUGACAGUGAGCUGGAGAAUCUCAGGACAUGCACUGGAUAUGUCGCAGGAUUUGUUGACCCACAAGUGAGCAACAGAUCUGACUUGUUUGAUGUGUAUGUAAACCUCCCAGAUACUGAGAUUACCGUAUCCCAGAGUGCCAAAGAGGCCAUGGCUAUGGGGAAGUUGCACAAAGACAUUGGCCUCGUCAUUGUCCAGUCUGCAGAGGAUGCUGAUAGAACAGAUGGGCAGGUUAUCAAGGACAUUUCCAUAAAGACGAGGGAGAUCCUUGCUAACCUGGCGUCCUUAGCUGAGGACUGUGAGAACUCUAAAAUCACCCUGGAGACCAUAAAGCAGCGUCACUUCCCGCCUGCUACCGAGAACUUCUUGUUCCACUUGGCAGCUGCAGAGCAGCUCCUCAAGAUAUGACCCUUGACCUCCUACAUCAUCUGAUUGAUAAGCAGUAGAGCGAUUGCCAAGGGUGGAGGCAUAACGGAUAUCUGUCCUGCCUGGAAAGCUGUCAGCCAUUGUUCGUUACUGGAGCAAUUUUUUUUGUUUUAUAUAUGAUCAUGUCAAAUGAUAUUGCAUACCUAUUUGUUACUGUAAUAUGAKAUUUUUAUUAAUAUUUUGAAAACAAUGUAAUUUAUUGUUUUACUACUUAGGCAAUUGUACCCUUGUUCUCAAAGGCUUGUCUUUGUGCCUGAAUAGAUUAAAUGAGACACUAAUGUUGUGUGCACUAUGUCCUCAUCUAGUUUUAGGAGAUUCAACUAAUCUAUUUUACAUUUCUGUAAUAUCCUAUUUGUUCUAAAAAUACAUGUAAGUAUCUGUGCCGUCAAGAUUAUUUUUUUUAUUUUUAUUUUUACAUAUCAAUUUAACAAAAAUAAUGGAGAGUAAUAUGAUUUGCUUUUGUAAGAUCAAGCUGGCAAACCAAAUCACUAAACUUGAAAARGUGAAUAGCUGUACGAGGAAGGGCAUUGUUUGCUAUACAAACUCAUGGUUACAAUUCAUUUGCAGUGCAUUGUUAAUUUUUAAUAAAASUUGCAGCUAUUAAAUUCAA